AUGGCCGGAAGUUUAGUCACUAUUGCUGCCGAGGGAAUACUGAAAAAGGUGUUGUCUGUUGCUGCCGGCGAACUAGCCAUUGCUUGGGGUUAUCAAGAAAAGCUGAUCAGCCUUCAUGGAACAUUGGACCUGCUUCGUGCCAAGAUACGUGAUGCAGAGAGACAAAAGGGAACAGAGGCUGUGAUGGUGUGGCUGAAGCAACUAAAAGAUGUGGUGGGCAAAGCUGAUGAUGUGUUGGAUGAGGUUCAUUAUGAAAUGCUGAGGCGUCAUAAAAUCGAGAACAUCAAUGAAACGUUGCUUAAGAUCAAUACAGAAGCAAACAGAUUAGGACUACAAAAUGAACAAUACCCUGUUGGCCCUGUUCCGGAUCAUCUCUAUCGGGAGACUAUUCCACAUCCAGAAGAAUUCAAAAUUGUUGGGAGGGAAGUUGAUGAACUACGUAUCAUAGAGCUUUUAACCCAAUCAAGAAUGGAAGAAAAACUUACAGUUCUUCCCAUUGUGGGAAUGGGCGGUAUUGGGAAGACAGCUUUUGCUAAGUCUAUCUACAAUGAUAAAAGAAUCGAGCAGCAUUUUGAUGUGAGAGCAUGGUUGUGUGUGUCGGUUAAGGUUGACAUCAUCACUCUUCUUACAAAGAUCUAUGAAUCUCUUGCUGGAAAGAAACCUGAGUCGGACUCUAAGGUCAAUUUAAUUAAAAGUCUUGAAGAGAAGUUGGGAUCAAAAAGAUAUUUUCUGGUCUUGGAUGAUGUUUGGGUUGAAGAGAGGCCAUAUUGGGAAGAGUUUAGGAGGUGUAUGAUAGGUGUAAACUCACAAAAUGGAAGUGGCAUUCUUGUCACUACACGGAAACUUGAAAUCGGAACAACUGGAAUGAAGGCUGAUUCAUGUCAUUUAAAAGGUCUUUCUCAUCAUCAUUGUUGGCACAUCUUUAGAGAAAGAGCGUUUGUGGCAGGCACAUCACCGUCUCCAGAACUGGAAUCCAUAGGCCACGAGAUUGUAAAAAAAUGUGGUGGUUUACCAUUGCUAUUAAAUGUAAUAGGUGGCAUGUUGGCAAAUUACAAUAAUGACAAAGAAAAGUGGUUGUCCAUACAAAAUAGCAAGGGAAAAACUGGUCCGACUUUGGAUGGCUUUAGGUUGGUUCAAGCAGAUGAGGAAAAAAACAAGGAGAUGGAGGAUGUUGGAAAUGAUAUUUUUCAAAAUUUGGUCAGCAAUUCGUUGUUCCAAGAUGAUGAAAGGGAUGAGUAUGGUCACAUCACUCGUUGUCGCAUGCAUGAUAUGGUUAAACAUCUCUCUUUUUACCAAGAACGGAAAGAGGAUGAUGAAUUCAAAGCCAAGGUGUCUAUGUUCACUGAAAGGGAUACAGUGGCUAGAAGUUUGCAUACACUGUUCAUCAGAGGUGAAGUUGAGAAGAAAUUUUCAUUUCAACCAUUAAAGUGCAUGCGAAUCCUAAAGCUCAAAAGUUGUGGGAUAGAGAAGAUAGACGACUCAAUUGGAGAGUUGGUGCAUCUCAGAUAUCUUAAUUUGUCAUAUAACAAGAUCCGUGUUCUUCCAAAAUCUAUUGGAAAAUUAUACCACUUGCAAACUCUGAAGCUGCCUAGAGACUUGAACCAGUUUCCGGAAACCAUGAGAAAUUUGAUAAGCCUGCGAUAUUUCCAGUGUGACAAAAACAUUCCUGCCAAUAUCGUAGGACAACUAACUUCUCUUCGAACUUUGCCUUCCUUCACAGUGCUUAGAAGGAAGGGACAUGGUAUAAAAGAGCUACGCCAUUUGAAUAACCUUGGUGGAAAGCUCCAUAUUGGCGGUCUUGAAAAUGUUAGGAGCAAAGAGGAUGCUGUUAAGGCAAAUUUAUCUAGAAAGAAAAGGUUAUACGAUAUUCAUUUCAGUUGGAAUGUGGAUGAUCAAGGCUCCAGCAGAGUUGACAAGGAUGUAUUGGAAGGCUUGCAACCCCCACAAGAUGUGAAAAUAUUGAAAAUUGACAGUUUUUGUGGUGAUAAUUUUCCAGAAUGGGUAAUGAAGAUGGCAGUCAAUAUUGAUAGGAAAGAGAUGCCCCUUGACAAGCUGGUGGAGAUCAGAUUAUAUGGAUGUAGGAGCUGCCUCUCUCUUCCGACGCUUGAGCACCUGCCACAUCUUCGGGAUCUUGUGCUAGAACGUAUGGACAGCUUGACAUACUUAAGGAGUUCCGAUGUUACUGGAUCAAGCAAGCCUCUGUCUCCAUCAUUGAGAUCACUCCAACUAAAACAUAUGAAAAGACUGGAAAAGUGGAUAGACGGAGCACCCAACAGCUCAAUAAUGAUAUCGCCUGUUCUUGAGAGCUUGGAGAUUCGUUUCUGCCAUAAGAUUAAUCUCUUAGAUGAAUGCCAUCCCCAUCCUCUUAUUUCCUUAAAGAUAUGGGGUUGCAUAGGUCUGGUGUCCAUUAAGAGCAUAGAAGGCCUCACAUCUCUUGAAUCUUUAGAAAUUAUCAUGUGUCGUCGUCUUUUAGAAAUAAUCAAUUUGCCCAACCAGUGUCAUUCUUUGAAGACUUUGACAAUUAUGUAUUGCACCAACCUGACUUCCUUGCCUCAUGAAACAUUUGAUUGUUUUUCCUUCUUAAAAAGGUUGGAACUUGGUCCGUUCUCGAGGGAGCUCGAUUCUUUCCCGAGUCUCCAAGGCAUCGAGAAGUUAAGGGACCACCUUCACUCUUUAUAUUUGGACGGUUGGUAUCAUUGUGAGUUGAUGCCAGAAGAAAUACAACACCUCACCUCCCUGACUGAGUUAACCAUAAGAAGAUUCAAAAUACAAGAACUGCCUAUAUGGUUAACCAACAUGUCAUCUAUCCGAUAUUUGAGAUUCAAUAACUGUGAGAGGCUAAAUAACGAAACAGUUAGACAGAGAGCGCCGCAGGAAGCAUAUGUCUCUUUAAAUUAUUCGAGGGUGUACAUUAAUAGAGAUGUUAACUAA